AAGCAAGAUAGCAGCUGUUCUCCGGCAACAACGGAUGUCGAGUAGAAACCAAUAUAUAGGAUGAGUCCUUUUCAAAUUACCGCAUUUGGUAAGUGAUAUCGGCUCGCUUUCGAAUUGUUGCAGUUGUCGAUGUUUCUUGUCGCAAAGGAUCCUCAUUGGACUAGCAACGUCGCACUACGUCAUGGCCAACGUUCUCGUAUUUGUUCGAUGUUGCAAUAGGCUCGGCUCGGCCUCUACUUCCAGCUCCGAGGCCGAUAUUGAAACUAUUAUGUUCAUGGUUUGCUCUCGCACGUGUUUGACCGACAGUCCAACGACUCUAAUCCUAGAGGAUACAACGGCGACGCUCGGUCGUCCCAACCAACGCUCCAACGCAACUCAAUUUUGGAAAUGAUGUGGAUCAAACUUGUCACAUUUAGACCGAUAAUCGAGGAGUAAUCAGUGACAUACACCAAUAGAAUCGUUCCUGGGGUGGCUUGUCCCCUCACAGGGUGCAAAGCCCGGCCGGGCGUCUCCCAUCGGCUAGCCACUCAUUUACACCGGUGAUGAGAGGAAAUUUUGGCGCGUCUAAAAAUAGGCCGCUAGAUCUGCACAGACAGAGCCUUGUUCGGCCGCAAGUUUCAAGAUCAUGGGUGCGCUAAAAGUGCUGGGGUGGUUAGCUCUAAUUUCGAGGUCAAAGCGCAGACAAGCCUUGCCAUGAUGGCGAUGUCGGACACUCGAGGCCACAGGACAAACCGUGAAAGAGCACUAUCUCUAAUUCGAGAAAUGAACAGGUUUGAUACUAUUGACGAAGUAAAGCAAUUGACUACACCACUUGGUAGUAUAAAAGAAUGGUUUAGAUUCCAAAGACAAGCUUGGGCAACUGACUCGACAUUGGGCCAACAUCACAGCCUUGUCACGGCCAACAUCAAACAUCCACAACACGGUCCACCAACCAAAUCUUGGCAGCCCGAAACAGCAAUCACAGCAAGGGCCGCCGCACAUCAUGGCCCCAACAUCAAAGCGCACAAGGCAUCCUUCCCGUCUAGCAGGUAUAUAACACGCUCGCUUCUCACCCUCAUCCACAUGAAUCCUCCUCUCCCCAUUAAGAAACACUCCUCACAUACAAGCCGAGCCUCACUUACAUUUACCCCAUUCUUCAUAAUAAUCCACCAUGCUUUUGCUCGCCGCCUCUCUCCUCUCCGUGGCUCUCGCUGCUCCCGCCAACACCACCGCCGGCGGACCUGAUACCGUUUUCGGUACCGUCACUGGCUUCAAGAUUCCUCAGCGUGGUCAGAACGUUAGCUACUGGGACGAUCUUGCCAAGAACCCCGAGGCCUCUUCCCACAUCACCUUCAAGAGCUACAAGGUCUCGGAGCCCUUCCCCGCCGUCCAGAUUGAUGGCUUCUCUCUCGAUCUUUACAUUGCCGACCGCCCUGCCAUUAAGGGUCCUGACGGCCCCAACGUCUCUCCUGAUGACAAGAGCACCGUUACUGUCGCCUCGCUGGCACUGAGCGGUCCUCCCGGCAUCGGCCCUAAGCAGAUGAACAAGUCUUGGUCCAUGUGCAACACCUUCUACCAGCUUCGCACUGCUGCUGCAAAGCCCAAGAACGGUAGCUGCCAGGGCGUCCUCUCUGACAAGUGCCUUGCUUCCCUCACCAAGAAGCUCGCCGACAACAGAAAGAACAACGACUGCGGUCUACGCGACUCCUUCGACGUGGCCGCCCCCGAUUGCGACGGCAUGGUCUCCUGGAACUCCUACUCUGAGACCGCUUUCGAUACAGAUCUCGCCAAGUCUACCCGUGGCGACACCAUGUUCUGGCGCAACGAUCUUUCCUUUAUUCCCGGCUUUGACUGGCCCUACACUCACGACGCCAGCAACCGCACUGUCUACGACCAGGUCGUCAAGAGCGUCUGGGUCGUCCCCGUUGUCUUCAACAAGGUUGACGGCCUCGAGAACCCCGGCACCACCGAUGGCGGCCAGCUCAUCUGCAUGCAGGCCGACAAGUUCGCCGCUGGAGCUCCCAAGGGCGGCUCCUCUGACAAGUCCUUUGGCAUCAAGAGUGCCUCUGCCAGCGGUGCCAUGGCUCUCUUUGCCGCUGCUGCUGCCCUUGUCCUUUAAAUGCCCCAUGUACGAGUGAUGGAUGCUUAUGUUUUGUGCAGCGCAGAUGUAAUAGAUUUUGAAUUAUACAGCGAUACUAUGUAG